AUGAAGAAGGAAGAGGAAGGGGAAGAUGGAAGAAGAAAGAAAAGUGAAGAAGAGGAAAGAAGAAGAAGGAAGAGGAGGAGGAAGAAGAAGGGGAAGAAGAAGAAGAGGAAGAAGGGGAAGAAGAGGAAUAAGGGGAAGAACAGGAAGAACAGGAAAAAGGGGAAGAAGAGGAAGAAGAUGAAGAAGGGGAAGAAGGGGGAGAAGGGGAAGAAGAGGAAGAAGGGGAAGAAGAAGAAGAGGAAGAAGGGGAAGAACAGGAAGAAGAGGAAGAAGGGGAAGAAGAGGAAGAAGGGGAAGAAGAGGAAGAAGGGAAGAAGAGGAAGAAGGGGAAGAAGGAGAAGAAGAGGAAGAAGGGGAAGAACAGGAAGAAGUGGAAGAACAGGAAGAAGAGGAAGAAGGGGAAGAAGGGGGAGAAGAGGAAGAAGAGGAAGAAGGAGAAGAAGAGGAAGAACAGGAAGAAGAGGAAGAAGGGGAAGAAGAGGAAGAAGGGGAAGAAGAGGAAGAAGGGAAGAAGAGGAAGAAGGAGAAGAAGAGGAAGAAGGGGAAGAACAGGAAGAAGUGGAAGAACAGGAAGAAGAGGAAGAAGGGGAAGAAGGGGGAGAAGAGGAAGAAGAGGAAGAAGGAAAAGAAGAGGAAGAAGGGGAAGAACAGUACUAA